CAUUCCUCUCAUAGUGCCGAGCAGGCAGGGGGGAGCUUCCUGCCACUUCUCCCGCACCGCUUCCCCUUUUUUUUUUUCCUUUUACCGUUAAACAUGAAAUUUGCCGAGAAAGACGACGACUUUGCGGCCGUGGACAAGCUCCUUUUCCCGGAGGAAGGACUUACAUCUACCGCGAAAGCCUCGACUGAACGGCGGCAGUGGGCUUUCCUUUUGUAGAGGGAAACGUUUUGUGGAGUCGCUUCAGUAAUCGCUUGAAAGGAGAAAACUAGAGAAAAUGAUGUUUCAUCGAGUUGAAGAACCGAGAAAGUAAACGGAAGAGGCUGCGCAGAAAGAUGUCUCGCAAAAAAUCGUCUUCCUCACUGAGGAUGAGAAGAAUAACAGAAAGUGAUAAAUGGAGUGUAGACCGUGCGCGGAGCUUGUCCUUCCAUGAAGUGCGCGGCCGGCGUGAGGCAGAGAUGAGGGCCGCAGCUGAGGAGUCGUCAAACAGCAACAACAGUGUGGGCAGUGGCGGCAACACCGUUCUGCAGCGCCUCCUACAGGAGCAGAUGAACCGGAAUUAUGUCCUGCAACAACAACAACAACAACAACAGCAGCAACAACAACAACAAGGAGGGGGAGGAGGUUAUUCAGGACAGGGACAGGUAGGCCCCUCUGAUGAUCACUCCAUGACCCCCCACAUUGCCCGUCAGGAGCCUCAGGGACAGGAGCUGCAGACGGACAGUGGCCUGGAGAAGCUGGUUUCCACCAGAGGAGGGGGUGGCAGCAGUGGAGGAGGAUGUGGCAGCAGUGGAGGUCUGGGCAACCAAGGGCAAUGUCUAAACCCAGAGGACCUCCCUACAUAUGAGGAGGCCAAAGUGCAGUCACAAUACUUCCGGGGCCAUGGUCCUCCUCCUCCACAGCCUCAGCAGCAGAACAAUCAGCCCCAGCAGCCUCCUCACCCUGUGUCAGUGGGUGCUGCCUUUUAUGUCACUGGUGUGACCAACACCAAGGUGCGCACCGAGGGUCGCCCAACUGUGCAGCGAGUGAGCGGUGCAGGGAAGGUGCACCAGGAUGAUGGGCUGAAGGACUUGAAGCAAGGCCAUGUUCGCUCUCUCAGUGAGCGACUUAUGCAGCUCUCUCUGGCCACCAGUGGCGUGAAGGCCCAUGCUCCUGUUACUAGUGCCCCACUCUCCCCCCAGCUGCCCCCUCCAGGCCCACCAGGUGACUUCUACAAGCCACAGCAUCGUGGUCCUCCUCCGGACUACCCUUUCAAGGGAAUGGGCUCGCCCACGAAGCAGCAGGAACCAGGAGGCCAUUACUACCAAGAGCAUAGAGGGAGGGAACACUCGAGGGAGGUUCUUCCUGUCAGAUACCAGCCCCCACCGGAGUAUGGUUCAUUCAGGUCCUGUAAAGAGGGUUCGGUUCACUCCCAAAGGCCUCUUCACCAGCACAGUCCCACAUCCUCCGUCACCUCUGUGGGCUCCUUGUCACGUGCUCAGGCCUCUGCCCUCAGCAACAUGCUUAGUGCCUCCCACUCCUCCCAUGCCUCUUUCCCCCACCAGCACCUACAGAACCAGGGAGAGCCUUUUCCUGGCAUGGGGCCACGUGGCCUCCAGGGUCCUGGCUCACACCAUGCAAGUGAGCCCUUUAAUUUGGGACACAUUCACCCAUCCUUACAGAGAGGUCACGGGUUCCCACCCGAUCCCUAUGGCUCCACCCCAAGGAUGCACCAUCAGCAGCAGCAGCACCAUCAGUAUCAGCAACAACAACAUCAGCAGCAGCAGCAGCAGCAGCAGCAACAACAACAACAACAACAACAACAACAACAACAGCAACAACAUCAGCAGCAUCAGCAGCAGCAACAGCAGCAACAUCCUCCACAGCUCCAGCUACCCGUCCAGGCUGGACACUUUCCUCACCCACACUCCUUCUCCCACAUGCAGGGAGAACCCUUUGCCAUGAUGGCACGUGCCCACCAGAUGGUGGAUAUGCUGACAGAGGAGAACAGGAUGCUGAGGCAGGAGAUAGAGACCUGCCGUGAGAAAGUUACCAAGUUGCAUAAGUUGGAAACAGAGAUCCAGCUGGUGUCAGAGGCCUACGAAAACCUUGCCAAGUCCUCCUCCAAGAGGGAGGCCCUGGAGAAAACCAUGAGGAACAAGCUGGAGCUGGAAGUGCGCCGACUGCAUGACUUCAACAGAGACCUCAGAGAACGCAUGGAGACGGCCAAUAAACAGCUCGCUGCUAAAGAGUGUGAAGGAUCCGAGGACAACCGCAAAACCAUCUCCCAGCUGCUCACUCAGCACAAAGAGACACUGCGGGAGAAGGAGAAGCUGGAGAUGGAGCUAAACUCACUGCGCUCCACCACUGAAGACCAGAGGAGACACAUCGAGAUCAGAGAUCAGGCACUCAACAAUGCUCAGGCCAAGGUAGUCAAGUUGGAGGAGGAGCUGAAGAAGAAGCAGGUUUACGUGGAGAAGGUGGAGAGGAUGCAGCAGGCUCUGGCUCAGCUUCAGGCGGCCUGUGAGAAGAGGGAGCAACUCGAGCAUCGACUUCGCACAAGACUGGAGAGAGAGCUGGAGUCAUUACGCAUGCAGCAGCGCCAGGGAGGCUCUCACCAUAGUGGUGGGGUCCCGUCUGAGUACAAUGCCACAGUGCUGAUGGAGCACCUGAGGGAGAAGGAGGAGCGAAUCCUGGCUCUGGAGGCCGACAUGACCAAGUGGGAGCAGAAGUACUUGGAGGAGAGCGUGAUGAGGCAGUUUGCCCUGGAUGCAGCUGCCUCGGUCGCCACUCAGAGGGAUACAUCAGCAGCAGUGAUAAGCCACUCUCCCAGCAGCAGCUAUGACACAUCAGUGGAGGCUCGGAUCCAGAAGGAAGAGGAAGAAAUUCUCAUGGCCAAUCGGCGCUGUCUGGACAUGGAAAGCAGGAUAAAGAAUCUCCAUGCACAAAUCAUAGAGAAGGAUGCCAUGAUUAAGGUGCUCCACCAGCGCUCAAGGAAAGAGCCUAUCAAGUCAGACCUGCCUUCUGCUAUGAGACCCUCCAAGUCCCUGAUGUCUAUCUCUAACACUGGCUCUGGUGGUUCAGGACUGCUCUCUCACAGCCUGGGUCUUAGUAGCUCUCCCAUCACUGAAGAACGUAAGGACACCAGCUGGAAAGGCAGUCUGGGUGUUCUACUGGGUCCAGAGUACCGUACAGAUUCUCUCAGGACAGAUUCAAUCUCAUCGUCGCCCUCCCCAGUGCUACCGUCCACUCCGAUGACUGCAGGCCACUCCAAGACGGGCAGCAGGGACAGCUGCACGCAGACUGACAAGGGCCAGAGUCAGGACACCAGCAAACCCAGCACUCCAGCCCUACAGAGCAUGACGUUGCCUGCCCGCCUGUCCAGCCCCAGCCCUGUCUACAUUCCUGACCGCAUAGCAGAUGUCGGAAUGUUUCACAGCAGCACCCUGGAGCGCAGGCAUCCUCUCCAGUCCCACGUACAGCAACAGCCGCCGCCGCCAACGCCAUCCACGCAACAGGAGGUGGACAACGACAUGGUGGAGAUCCUCAUUUGACCCAAUGAGUUCUGGACCAAAACCUCCAAAACGAAGAUGGUAGUCCCAUCAGAACAGAAGCAGUGACAUGUAGAUCAUCCCAAUUCAUCCUUCACACCUGUAGCUCUGUCUGUCGACACACACACACACACACAUCAUCCUCUUUGUUUACAUCUGCAUCCAUUCAAACACUUGUUUCACAUUCCUUUCAUUCCUUCGAUGUUUAUCUUUGGAAACUCCACAAAUCAGAAGCAAAGAAGCAGAAGCAUGGCUUAUUUCAGCUUGUGUCACUAUGAAGUGCGACUUUGUAGCCUCGUAUUUAUCUCUCUGACGCUUUUGGCACUUUUAUCAUAACGCCGACGGCUAAAUUUGCCGACUCGUGUUUGAAGUUGAAUGAAAGUUUUCAGUCGCGAUGUAGGCCCGUGCUCGUAAAAAAAAGACCAAGUUUACCGUUUACAUGAUGACGAUUAAUGAGAUGGAAAAUAUAAAACAGAGUAGAUGGAGCUGAAAGCCAAAAUCUUUCUGUUCAAUUGUAAUCAUAGAGAGAAUACGUGCAUAUUUACACCCACACACACUAAUGUAUUUUUACUUUUACAUUUGAAGCUACUGUCCCUAAUUGGUUUCUAAAGCACUUUUUGUCAUGUGUGUGAAAAUCCUCUUUAUGUCCUUGAUAGCCAUCAACAAAUAACAUCGUUUGGGAGCAAAAAAAGCACAAUACAAUAAUCAGCAGAACCAAAACCGAUGAAUUCGUUGGCAAUCCUGUCACUAACUGAUCUGUCUACAUGUGUGUUUUAUUAUCAUAAUCUUUAGUGCUCCUCUCGGCUUCAGACAGUGUGUGUUUGACAUGGAUGUGUCAGUUGUGUCAUCAGCAGUGUAGAAUGCUAAAGAGCUCCAAACGUCACAUCACUCAGUUUGUUUACACCGCCGUGACGUCAGGAAAAGCUUCUGCAGAGUGUACACACUUUAGCAAUACAUCGUAGACCUUGACGAUAAGAAGAUUAACUGUAUCUGACUCCCAAGAUAUCACCAGGUGUAUGAAAACAGCCGGUGUGGACAUUAUUCCAGAGCUGCAGUAUUCCUGCAUCUCUAAACUUUAGGAUAAACUUUGCCUCAUUCUACUCCUGAGAACGCUUGCACAUUGCAGCAAAACAUGUCAAAUAAACACAAGAUUAAAGAGAUUCAAGUGAUCACCACACCAGCGUACGCUUGCCUGUGGACUCCCAUCGCUCCGUCUUCAAUGUCGGGCGUCGUCAAAUGACCAUUUCAGAUCCGAUAUUGUCCUGACCUAUUCACAGAUCUGCUCAAAUAUCACACGGUGAUCCUUUGAAAUGUGUUAUUCAAAUGAAAAUGAGAGUGAUUAUGUAAAAAUAACCGUUCAAUUUCAGUCAAAAUAAUCACAGUUAGAUAUUUAUUCAAAAUCUUUCAGCCCUAGUUUUAUGCUCACCACUGAUCUUUAGUGAUCUGGUCAAAUCCUCCCUUGUUUGCUUGUCCCUGACUGUUUUUGUAUCCUGAGGCACAACAGCGAUCCAUCAUAUAUACUGUUAGUUGCCUGGUGUUAUACCUCUCGGGAUUCGAACCAUGUUGCUUCCUGCCAAAAUGGCGUUUUGAUUCCAAAUAUUGCACAAGUAGAUUAAGUAGCAUCAGCUACCAGAGCUCUAUUUCAACCAUUUCCAGACUCCUACACUCCAUCAUACCCCCCACA